UAAGACGUACUAUUAAAAAAUUAAUAACUUAGUUGCAUGAGAGACGCAUUAUUAUGCUAUUAUGCUAGUCUGUGUACGUGUUAGCUGAAUGAUAAGUCGAGUCAAAUGACCUGAAGUACCGCGAUUUUUCUUUCACCAUAUAGGGUAAAUUCAGCUAAGAUGGCCAUAUGAAAAAGAUAGCCAUAAUUUAGAUAGCAAUAAUUAAGAUAGGUUGUAAUUUCUCCAAUAAUUGCUAAACAGUGCGUAGUUAUUCUCAAGAUAAUUGAUAUUUAUAGUAGUUUAUGUGCAUACGCUAAUCGAAAUAAUAUUAUUGUGAAUAUUAUAUCAUGGCUAUCUUACCCGAGUACAUUCUUCUUAUCUGAAUUAAAAAUACACGUUCGAUUCAGAUAUAUUCUUACGUUGAUGAUUUACUAUAUCGAGAGAUUCACGUUUUCCUUCCAAGGAUUUAGAUCAAGGAGCUCCGGGCUCUUACUUUGAUAACGAACUUUGUUUAUGCGAUACGAGCGAGUUGCAUUUCAGAUUUUACGCAUUACGUAAUUUCUUAACAUUUUACAAUUAUUUUAUAUAAUUCACCUAAUAAAUAAAAUAAGAAUCUGGUGCCAAUAAUUGCUAAUAAGGAAAUAUUGUUAAGGGGUCUCUGAGAAAAUGAUGAAUAAUUAAUGAGCAUCUCGCCAGAUAUGAUUUACAACUCGCGUUGCAGACACUCGAUCGAGGAACGACAUUGAAGAGAUAAUCUUCAUACGGAUAGUACUUACAUCUGUUGCUAAUAAUGAUAAGAAAGUGUUGCUCCUGUUCGUGCCUUUCCGGCUUCAGGGCCGUGUUCAGGCCCCAACAAAUCGGACCUGAAUACAAGCCGGAUUGUAUGAAACCAGAAUGCAUGCCACGGCCGCCUCCGACUACUAAACCUGGGGAAGACUUUGGCGUGCCGGUAUUGACGAUUUACUAUGUGGACCCUUGCAUUGAAGAGAACGGCGAGAAACAUCGGACGUACAGAUACGAACUAAUGACACGGCAGGCUGACAGAGCGAGACUGGUUGUCAGACGUGGUCAGGAGUUCUAUUUGCACCUCGGUUUGUCACGAAACUAUGAUCCUGCCAUCGAUGGAGUCUCUAUCGUUUUCACCCUGGACGGUAUCGAAAAGCCGCAAUACGGACAUGGUACUCUGGUUGCAACAGCUCUGCUCAAUCCUGGCGAGAUCUCAGAGGCUGACUGGCAAGUCACUAUAGAUGCCAUAGAACUGAAUUUCUUAAGGAUCAAGAUUGUGCCUUCUGCAAACGCGAUCAUUGGCAAAUGGAAAGUAGAAAUUGACACAAAAAACAGAGAAUCCGAAGGAGCUGUCAGUUUUACGAUGCAGAAUCCGUUUUACUUGAUUUGCAAUCCAUGGUGCAGAGACGAUAUGGUCUAUUUAGAGGACGAGGCUGAACGCCAGGAGUACGUAAUGGCAGAGGACGGUUUGAUCUGGCGCGGUAGUCACAAUCGGAUGCGGCCCACCGUAUGGAAAUACGCACAAUUCGAAUGUGAUAUUUUAGAUUGUUCCUUGCACCUGAUGAACCAAGUGGGCAAGGUUCGAGUCUCCGGUAGGAAUGAUCCAGUCGUUAUAACUCGCUGCCUAUCCGCCGCGGUGAAUUCUCCGGAUGACAACGGAGCAGUGAUGGGAAAUUGGUCGGACGAUUACGAAGGCGGCACGCCACCCACACGGUGGAUAGGCUCGCAGAAAAUACUUCAGCAAUAUUAUAAAACCAAGAAACCAGUCAAAUAUGGCCAAUGUUGGGUCUUCUCCGGCGUGUUGGCAACAGUCUGCCGUGCUCUCGGUAUACCCUGCCGAGUGGUGACCAACUAUUCCAGCGCGCACGAUACGCAGAGCAGUUUAACCGUUGAUUACUUCGUAGAUGCCGAGGGAAAGGUCAUGGAGGAACUUAACAGCGAUUCCAUAUGGAAUUUCCACGUAUGGAACGAGGUGUGGAUGAAGCGAUUAGAUCUGUCGCUUGAUUGCUCAGGCUGGCAGGCGAUCGACGCAACACCACAGGAAUUAAGUGAAGGCGCGUUCCGUUGCGGGCCAGCGUCUGUGAAUGCUGUGAAGAAGGGAGAGGUUCUGCGACCUUACGACAACGCAUUUCUUUUCGCUGAGGUAAACGCCGAUAAGGUUUAUUGGCGUUACAAUGGACCAACGCAACCCUUGAAAUUGGUUCGUAAGGAUAUGUAUGGCAUCGGCCAACUCAUUAGUACGAAAGCGGUCGGACGGUGGGCGAGGGAGGACAUCACGCAUACUUAUAAGUAUCCGGAAAAGACCAAUGAAGAACGGGCGGCUAUGCUGAAGGCGCUACGUCAAAGUGAAUCUUUGUUCAGUCGUUAUUAUCUCAAUGAAGAGUUCAAUGACAUCACGUUCACUUUCGAAUUGCGCGACGACAUUAUAAUCGGGCAACCAUUCAGCGUCGUAUUACUCAUAAAAAAUCGACACUCGCUAAAAGAAUACCGCGUGUCGGUCAUUCUAAGAGUGGAAACUGUCCUCUACACCGGUCGCGUGGGCGAUCCGGUUAAAAGGUUGAAUGCUGAGAAAUUGGUGCGGCCGGGAGUGAUGGAAGAAAUCCGCAUGGAUGUUUCCUGGGAGGAAUAUGGCCCACGAUUAUUGGAUCAGUGUGCCUUCAAUAUCGCCUGCCUCGCUACCGUGAAGGACACAAAUUUCGAAUACUUCGCGCAGGACGACUUCCGCGUCAGGAAACCCGACAUCAAAAUCAUAUUGGAUAAUGACCCAAUAGUCGGUCAAACUCUCCAUGCGACGGCCAAGUUCCGUAACCCGUUACCGAUUCCUUUGAAGAAGGGCAGAUUCCUUAUCGAGGGACCUGGAUUGAACCAACAAUUGAAAUUAAAGCUAACAGAGCCCGUCGAGGUAGACAAGGAUGUAAAGUGCACGUUCUCCAUGAUACCAAAGAUGGAAGGACGGGCCAGGAUAGUUGCAAAGUUCUAUUCAAGAGAAUUAGAGGAUGUUGACGGCCAUUCGGAUAAUUUCAUUGUGAAACCUGCGAAAAUAGUAGGCAAUUCUGAAUAAUUGCGAUAUUUUCGACGAUAUCUUAGAAAAGAAUUCUCCAGUGCGUUGAUUUUGUACUUUUAUUGUCAAUGUUUAUAUUCGUAUUAAUUGAUAUAACAUUAAUUACCCAGUAACGACGGAUUUCCAAAUUAAUAUAGCGCAAAUAAUAAAUAUAAAUGCAAUUUGAAGGAACAAAUCUAGUAUUAUCCGUGCCAAAAAAUUUGUCUCGAGUCAAUGAAGCAAUCAAAUUGCAAAGACCGCGAGCUGUCCGUUUAUUUGCUCGUAAAGCUUUAAUAAAGCGUAAAGUAAAGAAAUACUAUUGAAACUACCUUUUAUUAUGUUGUUAUACUUUGUACUAAGUUUCCGUGUUCAUAGAAUGUAUUUGUAAAAUCAUGAUAUUUGUA